GCCCAUCAUCGCUCUGCAUGAUCAUAAUCAUGAGUGUUAGGUCAUAAUUCUGUUUUGGCUUGGCAUCUAUGCCUGGCCAUUAUCUCUGCUACUUGUUGUUCAAGUGGUGUAGGAAGCUCCAACAUUAUGUGCCAGGAAAGUGAAAGGCGUGCUCUUCUUCAGCUUAAGCAAGGCCUUAUGGACGAGUCUAAUGUUCUUGCCUCUUGGGGAAGCAAGAAAGAUUGUUGCGAGUGGAGAGGAAUAGCAUGCAACAACCAAACAGGUCAUGUCAUCACUCUAAAUCUCUCUUAUAAUUCUUCUGAUGAUUACAUUGAUGCUGAAGCUUCUUUAAGAGGUGAAAUUGAUCCUUCACUACUUGAAUUGCGAUAUCUAAAUUACUUGGACCUCAGUUUUAAUGAUUUUGGGGGAAUUAUGAUUCCCAAGUUCAUUGGUUCUUUGACUCGAUUGAAAGAACUCAAACUUGUGGAAGCUAAUUUUAGUGGACCUGUUCCUCCCCAACUUGGAAACCUCUCUAAUUUGCACACUCUUGACCUUGAAGGCAAUGAUGUGAGCUUUGAAAGUCUCGAGUGGUUAUCUCAUCUUUCUUCCUUGAGAUACCUUAACAUUUCUGAUAUAGAUUUGUCUGGGAAUAGAAAUUGGCCACAAUCUUUCAGCAAGCUCACUUCAGUGAUAGAGCUUCAGUUAUCUUAUUGUGAUCUCGGUAUCAAUCUAAGAUCACUUUCCUCUAUCAAUUCUUCAGCCUCUUUCCAAGUCCUUGACCUCUCUUCUAAUUCUCUUAAUUCUUCAAUAUUUUAUUGGAUAUCCAAUGUUAGCAGCAGCAACCUUGUCCAUAUUGGAUUGAGUUAUAAUGAUUUACAAGGUCCCAUCCCAGAUGUUUUCACAAACAUGGCUUCUCUAAAAUUUCUUGACCUGUCUCGAAACCAACAAAAAGGUGGAAUACCAAAAUUCUUUCAAAGCUUAUGCAGCUUAGAGUCCUUGUAUUUAGAGAGAAACCAAUUCUCUCAAAACAUUAAGGACUCUGUAAAGAUCUUGUCCUGUGCUGGUAGUACACUCAAGAACUUGGACUUGAGCCGAAACCGGUUUUGGGGGUCACUAUGGCUAGAUUUAAAAAGUUUUACAAAGGUAAAAUUUUUUUCUCUUUCCCAAAAUCUGCUAAAUGGUUCUCUACCAGAGAGUAUGGGGCAAAUUUCUAGCCUUGAAGCUUUGGACCUUUCUUGGAAUUCGUUGAAUGGUGUCAUAACAGAAGCCCACUUUUUGAACCUCCCUCGUUUACAGUCCUUGGAUGUUUCUCAUAAUCCAACUUUGUCUAUCAAUCUGAGCUCAUAUUGGAAUCCACCAUUUCAACUUGAGUAUUUGAACAUGUCCUUUUGCAAAGUGGGCCCAGCUUUCCCCAGAUGGAUUCAAACGCAGAGAAAUCUUACUAAGCUUCGUAUCAACAAUGCAGGAAUAUUGGACUCAUUGCCUGAGAAAUUCUUGGAUCAAUUUUCUGGCUUAGAGGACCUAGAUCUUUCCCUGAACAAAAUCCAUGGCAAAUUACCGAAUUUUUCCACAAGUUUAUUGAUGUAUGUUAACUUGUCUUCUAAUCAGUUUUCUGGUGCAUUGCCAUCAUUCCCUCCAACAAUCAAAUAUUUGAUCCUCUCGGAGAACUUGCUUUCUGGACCCCUGAGUUCCUUGUGUGCAAGAGAGGCUCCAAAUUUCCGGUGUCUCGACCUUUCUGUAAACCUGAUAUCAAGGGAACUUCCUAAUUGCUGGAUGCAAUUUCCAAAAUUAAUCGUACUGAAUUUAGGAAAGAAUAAAUUUUCUGGGAAACUACCAAGCUCGUUAGGCAAUUUACAAAAAUUGCGUAUAUUGCGUUUACAUGGUAACAACUUUUCUGGAGAACUGCCUUCUUUCGAGAACUGUACAGAACUAGUAGCUGUUGACCUUGGAGCAAAUAAAUUAUCCGGAAAAAUCCCAACAUGGAUAGGCCAAAACCAAACAUGGUUGUCGGUUUUACGCUUACGGUCUAAUGAGUUUAACGGAAUCAUACCCUCAUCCCUGUGCAGUUUAAGCUCCAUUCAUCUUUUGGACCUCUCUCAGAACAAUUUAUCAGGAGCCUUGCCGCAUUGCAUCAGUAACAUAACAGCUUCAUCUGAUGAGUCAAGAAAUUAUGGAUAUGAUGAUAAUGGAUUUAUACAAAUAGCGUGGGAAGGAGAAGAGUGGAAAGAAGUAGAGAUGGUGUGGAAAGGAGUAGAGAUUGAGUUUGGGAAAAAUCUUGUACAUUUGAGAAGCAUUGACAUUUCAAGCAAUCACUUGGUUGGGGAUAUUCCUGAAAAUAUAACAAGCAUGCUAAAGUUGAAUUCUCUAAACCUCUCAAGAAACAAUUUGACAGGGAAGGUUCCUGAAAAGUUUGGUAACCUGACCAUGUUAGAAUCUCUUGAUUUGUCAAGAAACCAGAUAUCUGGUAGAAUUCCUUCAAGUUUUUCGAGCUUAAACUUUCUUAGUGUCUUGGACUUAUCAUACAACCACUUGUCUGGAAGAAUUCCACUAAGCACUCAACUUCAGAGUUUUAAUGCUUCUGCCUAUAUAGGAAAUAGUGGACUUUGCGGACCACCACUUACACAACAAUGCCCUGGAGAUGGAACAACACAAAAUCCUGGAGUCACUACUGGUACUGAAAAUGAUAAUGAUGGUCUCAUAAGCCUGGGAUUCUUUAUCAGUGCAGUGCUCGGAUUCGUCACUGGAUUUUGGAUAAUCUGUGGCAGUUUACUGCUGAAGCGCUCUUGGAGACACGCCUAUUUCAGGUUACUGGAUGAUACAAGAGAUUGGGUUUAUGUCAAAACUGCUGUGUACAAGGCAAAAAUGCAGAGGAGACUUCAAAGAUAAAUGGUAAGGAGCUUCUCACUGGCAUUCAAGGGAAUGAGCCGACUUACCCCGAAAUUGGAAAUUCAAGGCUUAAUGUGGAAGGUUUUGAGAUGCCGUUGCUAAGAAAUAAAUAAAUAUCAGCUUGUUUCUCUUUAGAAGUUUGUGUAAUAAAUGGAUUAUAUGUAAUAUGGGCGAGUAAGGCCAUUUGAUUCCAUGCAUAUCCAAAUCUACAUUUUUGGCCAUAGAAGCCUUUAGCUUCUCAAUUGCUGUAAUUUACACCUAGCUUUCUCUAUUAAUUUCAAAUUAACUAGCUGCUACUACUGUUCCAUUCCA